UGUGUGUGUGUUUACACAGACGGGAAUACUGCGCCAGAGGAAGUGCGCCGGUUCUCCGUCUGAGCGUCCCGACUUCCUGCUCUGGGGCAGGAGAGAGAAAAGCUGCGGAUCCGUUUUCAGACAGCAGCAGAAGCAGCGACAGCAUGGAGCUCCAAUAUAACUCACACAGCCAGCUGUAAAACAGCAAACGCACAUUUCACGCACACGGGAAGACGGACAGUGAAGCAGCGGACGUCCACAGCAAAAUCACCUGGUCUGUGGUGUCAUCCUGCCAUGGAGAGUUCCAUCACACUCUGGCAGUUCCUGCUGCAACUGCUGCUUGAUCAAAGCCAUAAACAUCUGAUCUGCUGGACGUCCAACGAUGGCGAGUUCAAGCUGCUCAAGUCAGAGGAAGUGGCCAAAUUGUGGGGACUCCGUAAGAACAAGACCAACAUGAAUUAUGACAAGCUGAGCAGAGCUCUGCGCUACUACUAUGACAAAAACAUCAUCAAGAAGGUGAUAGGGCAGAAGUUUGUGUACAAGUUUGUGUCGUUCCCUGACAUUCUGAAGAUGGACCCGGCACUGGUGGAGUCAGGACGUACCAGUGAGGAGAGUGGGGGGACCACAUCAGAGGCAGAACCUGAAGAAGAGGUUGAAGGUGGUAAAAACCAGUACCUUCACUCAGGCCUGUUCUCCUCCUUCACCAUCAGCUCCCUGCAACACUCUGUAGACCCCAACCGGACGAUCAAGACCGAACCCAGAUCUGACCGCCAUGAUGACAGCUCCUCUGUGAUCCGAUUCAUAGCCAACCGUGGCCACUCCUCUGUCCCAUCUACACCUCCCCCAUCCUUAACUGACAGCCCCCAUUUGUCCAGGCCAUCUCAGCGGUCCGCCCGCUCCUCUUCUUACUCCUCCCCACCACAGAGUCCAGUCCAUGGACAGUGGAAGGGACAGAGCCCAGGCUCAGAGACUGAUGUACCAGACCAUAAUGCUCAACCUCUGAACUUGUCAGCAGGUCACAGAGAAAGAGAGAGGUCACAGAGCACCACCACGCCUGAGAGGAAGGGCUUAACCAAUAGUGCACCUUUAAAAAUGAGAAAACCUAAAGGCCUAGAAAUCUCUGCCCCCUCCCUCCUUCUAACAGGAAGUGACCUCGUCUCAAUUGCUCUCAACAGCCCAGCUCUGCCAUCAGGAUCGCUGACUCCUGCCUUUCUCACUGCACAGACUCCCUCCGGUCUGCUGCUCACUCCCAGUCCUCUGCUUUCCAAUAUACAUUUCUGGUCCAGCAUCAGUCCGGUGGGACCUCUCAGCCCCAGCCAACUGCAGAGCCACACCCCUCUAUUUCAGUUCCCAUCCCUACUGAAUGGACCUCUCCCAGUUCCUUUGCCCAGUGUGGAGACUUCCCACGACUCCUGAUGUGAGCUCCAGGACAGCAGGUCAACGCAGAUCAGGACACACAGCUUUAAAUGCUAUCGAUGAACCACAUGGAAGUCAGGCUUCCCCUGAGUCCAGUAAACAUGGACAUGAAACCUGUUUCAUUAUCAGUAUGAAGGAACAGGAGCUUCUCUCUGAAGCAUUGCUCUCUAGGAAGAGCAUUUUCAUUAUACAUUUCCUUUUGUUGAUUAUACCAGGGUUGAACUGCCAUUAAGACUUCGGUGUUUCCUUUUAUUCACUGUGCAUAAUCCUCUGCAAUCGUGAAUUAAACAUCACAAAACUCUAAAACCUUAAGAUGAAACUUGGACUGGAUAGAAGAGUGAAUCUGUUAUUGUGUUUACCUGGUUAAAUAUGGGAGAGGGUUAUCGAAAUCUCUAUAUACUGACCCCAGUUAUGUGAGUAAAUGUGAGGAAAUUUGCAUUAGACUACACUUUCCUGUUGCAGUGAUUCAUCACAUCUGGUGUAGAUGACAGGAGGUCAGACCUCAUUACAUUUCCAUCUCAUUUUAUUUCUCAUCUCAUCCCACAUAGUGAAACCUCAGUGAUGUAGACUGGUUGUUAUUUUAUAAAUGUUAACGCCAUUUUUGUUCUUGUGCCUUGACUAGUCUCAGUAUCCAUGCCUCCACCUCAAAGGACUGUUUAUAGACAUUCACAUGUGGAAGCCUUAAGAGUCACUUAAGGUUUCAAUUUUCUUUGAAAUUACAUUAAUAAGAAUAAAAUGCUCUUUGGCUGGAUUCAAUAGACUCAGGGAAUUUAUUACAAUCUAACAACCAUUAACAGUAAUGAUGGUUCAGGUUAGCUACAUUAUGUCUUUUAUUGUAUAUAAUCUACAUUAUUUGGGUUUUAUAGCGUUGAAAAUUAAUCCAGAUGACGAUCAGGUGAUCACAACUUUGGCCUUAUACUGUAAAUUUCGGAAAAGUCUUUCUUACAAGUUUGGGAGUGAAGUACGAAAAAUGAGGAGAUUUACAGACAGUGUUCAAAGAUUGAAGCUACUUGGUUGCACUAUGGGAAAUGUAGGUUUCAGUUUGUUUUUAGUUUGCCUGUCACACACAUUGAGUAUUCUUCAAAACUGCCUGUUUUGAGUCUUCUCAAAUGAAAAUGUUAUUGAGUGGAUCUUUACAAGGGCUACUGAACUGAUGAUUAGACGCUGUCAUAAAUUUGCUUUUAGUGCAGAUGAGAAUUGUUUGAGGUGGAAGUGUGGUCAUAUGAGAUGAACCUUCACUGACUCCUAGCAGACCACCUGGCUGCUAGAUAGAUCAACAUGUUGGAAGCCGUCAGAUUUCAUCUUCAUGUUUCAUCUUGUCCUGACGCUGUGAACCUUUUUCUUUUCUUGUAUAGUUUCAUGCUUUCUUUAUGCACUGUUCUUUUAAGCCUUGUACCAACUGUGCCUUCUCUAAGAUGUAUGUAAAUGUAUUCAGCUUUAAACCAGGUUUUAUUAGACAUUCCAGGUUAAAUUGCACAAAGUCAUUGUUAUUUUUGAUUAUUUUUCUAGAAAAAUGUUUUUUUGCCAGUGAUGUUCUCAGUUUUACCAUUUUGUUGACAGAAUGUUACAGUUUUUGGAAUAAAAUGUGCACUGAAAUCUGUGACUGAAAAUCAAACUCACUCAAUUAAUAUUAGUGUUUCUGUUGUAGAGUUUGAAUGCAUUUGGAUGUUAUUUCCUUUAUUUAAGAUAUUUCUUUAGAGCUCUGCAGGUUUACUGCUGCAUCUGUAUGAAACAAGACCUGUUUUUUUCUUUUUUUUGGGUUCAUUUCACAUUUCCACUUAAAGAAUGAGUGACACUAAGGCUGUUUAUGAAACAGAUUAAAUUUACUUUUAAUGGUUAUGAGAAAUAAAUAGUUCCAGUAAAAAGAGUCACACACCAACUGUUUACCGGCAGCUCAGUGUUUCAGAGAGAUCGAGUUCACAACACAGCAGGCCUUCCAUGCAUCAGGCGCACACACACGCGUCCAGACAUGUUCACAUGAAUUCAGGUCAUUCAUACAUUUGAAAAAGUACAGUUUAACAAUGAUAAAUAUUAAGCCGCUGUAGAAAUCUCCUUUCAUGCAUGUAACUGCACUUUAUAUUAAAAAAAAAGUCUGUUAGAACAAACACAGUUUGCAGUUAACUGUGAGACAAUUCUUCAUCAUUGCUUGCAAUUUUUAAUGAUGAAGUUACGCCAUUUUGUUUCGGAAUAUAUCUCUCACACCAAGUGUAAUAAAUAUUUUUAGACUAGCUGCUAAUUUGUGUUCAAUAUUUAUUCCAUUAUCUGUCUUAGCUCCUGGAAUAAUGUAUUUAUCAAGUAUUAGUAGUGCCUACUGCACUUUUGUUGCAUGUUCUACCCAAUCAGUAUGUUCAGCGAAAGCUAGUGCUGAGCCAAGAGUAAUCAAAUACACCUAUAAAUCUCAAAAGAGAACAGGAUUGAAUGUAAGCAGAAAGCUGCUGCAAUGGGAAAAUCUUCCUCAGAUCCACUCAAACAUAAAAGUGCAACAUUGCAUUCUGGUUUAUUUUCUGUAAAUGUAGAAAUUAAUCUCUCUGUCUCAAACUACAUAGUUUCUGUGCAAAAUAGUAUCUCUACAAAGACACAAAACCUGAAACUUAAUGGUAACAUUUUAGUUUUAUAAAACACUUUCUGUAAUCAAGUAGCUGCUGGAAAUUUGUGGACAAGAUGUGACAACAUCUACAUUUGUCCAAGUAUCCACAGGAAUACAAAGAAAUUACAACAUCAUGCCAGGAAUGCAAAGCACACCAGUAGACAUUUUUUUAAAAAAGUGAUCUGAGGAGAUUUUCCAUCGGAUUCAGUAAACAUGCAGUGAAAAGUGAGACUUCUCAACCGGCUUCAUCUGUAGCAUCACUGUCAGUUGCAAACAACACAGCGGGCAGUUAAAUCUAAAAUUUCAAUUUGAAAUUUUUUUCUUGUGUACAGAGCAGUGGACACCACGUAGAAAACCACCAUUUUGUCCCGCUAUUCCACCCCACACCCCUGCCUUCGAAAUACAUGCCACAACGACACUGUGUUCCACAAGGAGAGGUCAAAGGUCACAGACACAGAGAACACAUCUUAAUACUGAUGGGUAAACUCGGCCGUGUUGAGGCCUGGGUCCCUGAUUCCAAAAAAUACACACUGAAGUGCAAGUUAAAAACAAAAAGUUACUGCAGUGAGAUCUCGGAAUGCACACAGAGCGAGAAAAGUGUAACUUGCAUUUUUUUUUUUUAAAGCACUGAAGUCCUGGCAGUUGAGCUUUUCUGGAGUUUAAGGGAAGGCUUGCUGGCUUCCUGUGGGAUGUCACAUGACUUCCUAUUCAGCUCCAGCAUUCCUCUUCUUUCCUUCCAAAUAGCUGUGACAACUGUUUGCCUUUCCCUCCUCAGUGUUGGUCCCGUUGCUGAGCCAGAAUGGUUGAAAAAGAACGACAAAAAAACCCCAAAGCUGGUUUCAUGUUCUCCCCGUUUGAUUGGACUCUGUGCUUUGUUACUCCAUCACCUCAAACCAUUACAACAGUCCACUCUCAAUCUGGCAUUUUGAACCCUCAGUAUAACCCCCUGAGGGCAGCAGGGCCUUAAUGAAGAGUGUCUGAAAUGUUUCAUGGAAAUUAUAACAAAGAAUUCAAAACAGCCAGUUUUUUGACCCAAACAACAACAACAACAACUGUCUAGUCAUUCUGGUCUUUCUAAACCUGGAAAUGUUGAGUUCAGUCACGGAAGCUCGAAGAAAAUGAAACAUACAUUUCAAAUAUAUAUAUAUAUAGAUAUACAUAUUUAUAAAAAAAA